AUGCUGAUUUCCCUUCCAGACCAUACGGAUGCUGGAGUCGGUGCAGGGAAUAUUGAGACCAGGCCCACAAAAGCAAGCAGUCAAUCAAACUUUGAACGUAAACGUUCAUCUUUAACGACAACAGCCGGACGACGUUUAACGGCCACACUCAAUAACUUGUCACUAUUCAAAGACGAUGAAGACAUAGUCAUUCCUGACGGACAGUCAACAUUUAUUAGUGCCUAUACUACACCAGGACCAAAAGAACGUAAAGUUAGCGAAAAGAAAAAGGCUAAUCUUGGAGUGAUGCUCGGUGUAUAUCUGCCGACAAUUCAGCACAUACUUGGUGUAACGAUGUUCAUUCGCCUAUUUUGGGUUGUAGGUAUCGCGGGUUUAUGGCAUACAAUGUUACUUCUGCUAUGCUGUUGUCUUUGUACCCUCCUAACAACUAUCUCGCUAUCAGCAGUUGCAACAAAUGGAGUGGUAGAAAGUGGGGGUGCAUACUUCAUGAUAUCUCGAAAUUUGGGUGUAGAGUUUGGAAGUUCUAUUGGGAUUCUAUUCUAUCUAGCAAAUACGGUAGCUGCAUCUAUGUAUUUGGUUGGAGGUGUUGAAGUGAUGUUGCUAUACAUAUUUCCUUCGCUUACGAUCGGCGGCGAUGAAGUGCAUUCAGAUACAGGCGUUUGGGGCAUGAUGUCUCAUAAUUAUCGAAUAUACGGAACUGCAUUUUUGCUGCUCGAAACGAUAAUUGUCGCUAUGGGAGUACGAUUCGUUCAGCUGCUCGCACCGAUCUCGCUGAUGUGUGUUAUAGUCUCGAUUAUUGCGUGCUUUGCGGGAGGUGUCGAGAAAUCCAUACUUCAAAAUGGGCAACAAUUUUCAUUCUGCACCACACUGCACAGGUUAAAACAUUGCCCUUUGAACAGUUCCAAUAUACGUUUCAGUAUAUCAGACGAUUUUUGCAACAGUACUACGGCGGCAUUCUGCAGUCAUUUCACAGCCGGAACACUUUCAUGUGUGAACGCCUUUCCGGGAUUCAACACAAAAACACUGUCAGAAAACAUGCAAGUGAUGUAUAUGGAUGCCGGAGAAGCAUAUCCAGGGAUACCAGCUGACAAUACCGGUCUUGAAGUGUCACAAGAUGUUCGUACUAGUUUCUUCAUACUACUCGCCAUCUACUUUCCGGCUGUCACCGGCAUUAUGACCGGAACGAAUAUGAGCGGCGAUCUGAAAGAUGCACAACGUUCAAUACCAUGUGGAACUAUAGCCGCAACACUGACCACAUCAAUGAUUUACUACGCAUUGGCUGUGCUCUUUGGAGCAUCCAUCACCGGUCCAGUUCUGCGUGACAAAUAUGGACGAAGCAUCGAUAGUUCCAUGAUAGUAGCCUCGUUAUCGUGGCCAUCACCAUGGGUUGUCAUAAUUGGAUCAUUUCUAUCGACAUUUGGUGCUGCACUUCAAUGCUUAUGCAGUGCCCCACGGCUUCUGCAAUCAAUCGCCAAAGACGACGUCAUUCCUGCACUAUCGCCGUUCGGUCGUGUUACGAAAUAUAAUGAACCGUUUCUUGGGUUGCUCCUCACAUCAUUCAUCGCCGAAUUCGCCAUUUUACUAGGUGCUGUCGAUGCAAUCGCCGAAGUUUUGGACUUCUUCUUCUUGAUGUGUUACGCAUUCAUGAACCUUAUUUGUGCUCUUCAUUCGUUACUCGGCGCACCAAACUGGCGACCGAGAUUCAAGUACUAUCACUGGUCGCUGUCCGUGAUGGGUGCGGGUUUGUGUUUCUUCAUCAUGUUCGCAUCUCAAUGGCAAUAUGCGAUCCUCUCAAUUCUUCUCACACUCGUCAUCUAUAAAUAUGUUGAAUGGAAAGGAGCCAAAAAAGAAUGGGGCGAUGGUAUUAGAGGGCUGGCGCUCUCAACUGCACAAUACAGUUUAAUGAAAGUUGAAGAUAAAGACCCGCAUCCCAAAAAUUGGAGGCCUCAACUACUUGUGCUGGCUGAUGGACAGUGGUCAAAAGAGAUCAUUGAUAUGCGUUGCGUGAACAUGUUGAAUUUGGCUAGUCAACUCAAGGCAGGUCGUGGACUAGCAAUCGUUGUUGCAUUUGUUAAAGGAUCAAAUGCGAACGCAGCGGAUAGGAGUAAAGCUGAAGAGGUGAAAGAAAGAAUCCAACGAGAUAUGGCACAGGCAAGAUUGCGAGGAUUUGGCAAGACUUUACUCUUCAAUGAUACCGAAAUUGACGGGUGCGUGUCAACUCUUUAUCAAAGUAUUGGUAUUGGUGGUCUUAAACCGAAUACGGUGCUCAUCAACUGGCCGAACAGUGAUCAAGAGCAUACAAUUUUUGCGGUAAAAUUGGUUGGUGCGGUUGUGAACGACGAAUGCAUAAUGAUCACGAAAGGUAUCACUGAUUUCCCACAAUCCACAAGUCGUCUGAGCGGUUUCAUCGAUAUUUGGUGGAUAUCGCAUGAUGGUGGAAUAUUGAUGUUGAUCGCAUUUCUUUUGAGGCAACAUAAAGUUUGGCGCGGUUGUCAACUUCGUAUUUUCGCAAUUGCUGAGAAGCCGCAGAAGAACGAUGAAAUGAAGAAAAUGUUGCAAAAAUACAUCUACAUGCUGCGGAUCGAUGCAGCAGUUUUUGUGAGGAACCUAUUUUUGAUCGAUGUAAUUGCAUGUAUCAAUGAUUCAAUAGUUGAUUUCACAAUGCCGUCAAACAGCGACACCAAAACAGCAGCACCGCACAGUGCUCUUCGACAGCCGAAACGUUUCGAAAGUAAAUUCGUCGCAACCGUGGUUAAUGGCGAUAUAACAUCAUUGCAUGAUGAGCACUGCUCUCCUCCACUCGAACAACAAGGAUCAUUCAAAGAAGUCACCAUAUCAGAUGAGCAGAACGAAGAGGAAGUGAACAACAAAAAUGGUGAAAAUGCACUAAUGGAAACAUCAUUCACGGAGGAGAAUACAAAGCAUGUUUCUAUGGUGAGAUUCUCAGAGGAUUCUGUGGAAGGCGAUCCUGGCACUGGCAUUCUCACGAAUGAACAAAUUUUCAACUGCAAGAUGAACUGGUUAAGCAUGGCGAAGCACUUGAAUCAAGUGAUUCUGGAGAAUUCAAGAAGCUCACAACUAGUCCUUCUAAAUCUUCUCCAACCGCCGAUGAAAAUCAACGAUGUUGUGCAUCGUUACAUGACCUAUAUGGAUUGUUUGACCGAAAAUAUACCACGCGUGUUAUUCGUUGGAAGUAGUGGUAAAGAGCUUCCUCGCGAAGAAUUGCCCGCUGAACCAUAUGAAACUCGCUAUACUAUUUCAAUGGAUUCUGAUGUGAUUUAA